AUCAAUUAUUUUUAAUGAAUUCAUCUGAGUACAAAUACGAAACAGAAAUAGGAGAUACUAGAUCAAGUGUGACUCAAUAAUUGCUAGCAAAAUAUGCUUUUAAGUGUGAAAUGUGUUUUAUUUUACAAGAGGAAAAGGAAUAAAUUUAAUAAGAAUCAUAAUAAGAUUAAAUUGAAGUAAGGCUAGUAGCUGCCAAAGUCACAUCAGAAUCACCUAUAAGAAAAUCAUAUAUUGUGAUUUGCCCUAAAGACUUUUAAGAUAUAGAAUAUAAUCUUGAUAAAUUUCUAGAAAGGUCCCUUAUUAGGUACUCAGUAUCACAAUUAGAAAUUAAAAAGGCUAAGCUUGUUAAAAUACCUAAUAUAGAUUUAAAUCAGGCCAGAGAAAAAAUAUCGGGCAAUUAUUGUUGCAGAGUACUCUAAUUAAGAUAUAUCAAAGCAGAUAAAUAGAUUUAAUUACUUAAUACCAAUGAUCUAGGUAAAACGAUGGAAAAUGUACUUGAGAUAAAAAAGAAAGCUUUAGAACUCACAAAAAAGAAAUUCGAACAAUAUACAAUUGGUGAAGAGAAAAUGACAGAAAAAUAGAAAUUUUUAAUUUUUCAUUAUUACAAAAGACUAGAAAGAAAAGCUGGUGGGAUAUAUGCUGAUAAUUAAGUUAAAUUAUUACCAGACGCGAACCUUUCAACACUUUCAAUGUCAAUAUCCGGAUUAUAAAACUUUGCUAAUAAGGACGACAUUCAUUGAGCAAAAUAUGUGUUAUUAAU